AUGGCGAUGCCGGCUCGCAGCAAGUUCAUGACGGUCCAAGUCCAAUUCCUCUCUACUGGCAGCAAAGGCAGAAAUAUGCCCAAGCGUGGCACCACUUCCACCACUCCGGUCGACCACGUGCCUGCCACCUUUACCAUCCGCGAGGGUCCCAUCUUCCGUGGAAAAGCCUUUGGCGCCAAUGCUAACAUCUCUGGCGAGGCUGUUUUCACCACUUCCCUCGUCGGAUACCCCGAGUCCAUGACCGACCCCUCCUACCGCGGUCAGAUUCUCGUCUUCACCCAGCCUUUGAUUGGCAACUACGGAGUCCCCUCGAACCAGCGUGACCAGUACAACCUUCUCAAGUACUUUGAGUCCCCCCACAUCCAGUGCGCGGGUGUCGUCGUCUCCGACGUUGCCCUCAACUACAGCCACUGGACUGCCGUUGAGAGUCUGGGCCAGUGGUGCGCCCGCGAGGGUAUUCCCGCCAUCUCUGGAGUCGAUACCCGAGAAAUCGUCACUUUCCUCCGAGAGCAGGGCUCCUCCCUCGCUAGAAUUUCCAUUGGUGACGAGUACGAUGCCGACGAGGACGAAGGCUUCGACGACCCUGGCCAGAUCAACCUGGUCAAGCACGUCAGCACCAAGGCCCCCUUUGUCGUCGAGUCGCCCGGUGCUGAUUUGCACGUUGCCCUCAUCGAUUGUGGUGUCAAGGAGAACAUCAUGCGCAGCCUUGUUAGCCGCGGCGCCUCGGUCACCGUCCUCCCUUACAACUACCCGAUCCACAAGGUCUCUCAGCACUUCGACGGUGUCUUCAUCUCCAACGGCCCCGGCGACCCGACUCACUGCCACGAAACUGUCUACAGCCUUGGACGCUUGAUGGAGACCUCUUCCAUCCCCAUCAUGGGCAUCUGCCUUGGCCACCAGCUUCUUGCCCUUGCCGUCGGUGCUCAAACGAUUAAGCUCAAGUACGGCAACCGUGCCCACAACAUCCCCGCCCUUGACUUGACUACUGGCCAGUGCCACAUCACCAGUCAGAAUCACGGCUACGCCAUUGAUGCCAGCACCCUGCCCAGCGAGUUCAAGGAGUAUUUUGUCAACCUGAACGAUGGUAGCAACGAGGGCAUGAUUCACAAGACCCGUCCCAUCUUCUCGACCCAGUUCCAUCCCGAGGCCAAGGGUGGGCCCAUGGACAGCUCGUACCUCUUCGACAAGUACCUCGAGAGCGUCCGCCAAGCCAAGAGCGCCCAGGCCGUCUACAAAGAUAACCGCCCCAGCCAAUUCCUUCUCGACGUCAUGAGCCGCGAACGCGUCGGUGUUGCACCCGAGUCUCUGGCUAGCGCCGCUUAG